UGUGCCUUUUUUCUGGGCCAUGUUCGCAGUGUCAGGGUCCUUUUGUGAGCGGGAGGUGUGUGUUUGAAUCCCGGCGUUUGCAGGGGCACCUGGAUGGUGUUCGCACCCACAGGAACUUCAUUUAGGCUUUGUCUCGGCUCUGUUAGCCACCUAGCUUUGGCUCUGUAGUUGCUACUGUUAUGACACGGCGAACGCGAAUUUAAAAUAAAACACAGCCCGGGUUAAUACACGAACAAUUUGCUGUUGAUACCGAGAAAUGGACACAUUUUCAGCGGCGGACAUUGUUUGAAAUCCGUGUCGAGACACAGUACGAGGCUCGGUGCAUGCUAGCAAGAAGAAGUGCUACAGUUUCAACGAAAAACUUUUGAAUUACUGUCAGGAGUGGAUUUUUUUUAUCAUUAUCCAAACAGUACCAGUUCAACUGCGAUAUCCUUGGCAGCCCCAGCAGAGCCACAGGAGCAGGGGGGAUGAACCGCGAGGAGGCCCCGGGAAAGUCUCCUGAAGACAUGUAUAUCCAGCAGAAAGUGCGGGUCCUCCUCAUGCUUAAGAAAAUGGGAUCAAAUCUCACGCCGAGUGAAGAGGCUUUUCUCCGAAAUUAUGCAGGUGUGGUCCACAGUCAGAUGAGCCAGCUACCACAGCACAACAUAGAUCAGGGUGCUGAGGACGUGGUGAUGGCGUUCUCACGGUCAGAGACGGAGGAUCGGCGACAGUGACCCUAGUCUCCGUCGGCCUACCUUUGCAUCCCAUCUCAUCUCCCUCCUCCCAACCUGUCCUGCCCAGCACAUGAUCCACGACAACCCAACCUCCGCCACCACGACACCGAUGAGCUCAGGAGGGGAGGAGGACAGGGAGGGGACAGAAGAGGAGAGGGAAGAGACACCAGGAGGCGGCUGCCUCACUCUCCCUCAGCCUUUUCCAACUCCGACUCCUUCUGACACAAGCAGGCACACGGUUACCUGAGAUGCACUCCAGUGGGUCACUGUGAGGGUCCGAGUGUUGGCAGGCGGUAAAAACACUCACUGAUUGUGCGCGAUUGAAAAUUCAGUGUAGUUUUUCCUUUUUUCUUUUGUAUGAUCUUGGUCUGUGUGUCAGACGUUCUUUAGUCAGUGUUAACACAUUUUGUCUGCUGUGGUCACCAGAGGAAUUGAGCAGGCAGCAGCGGAGCGAAGCGACAGGAAGAUCAUUUGUGGCCGAGCAGCGUGUGAAAGUGGUGUGAAGGCUGGUUAUGUGCAGGAGGAGAUUCUGAAUUAUUUGUGUGUAGCCUGAUGGAGCUGCAGGAGUUUUCUGAGUUAGUUGUCAUGUGUCGUUAAUGCUUUGGUGUUGUCUCACACCGGGGGCCUCAUUUAUGAACAUCUGUGUCCAUGAAGGGAGACACGAGACAUGAUGCCUUCACAGGUCACACAGUUGUUCAGUGGUAGAGGAUCAGGUUUAGAUGUCAUCGAAAAAUGGACCACUUUACUUUAUGAGCUAGAGAAGGACAUAAAGAACACAAAUGUCUUCACAAAGAAGAGCAGACUGUUGCAAAAAUCAUAGACUGUAUUUAAGAAAUGGGUGAAGUCACAGAGUUUAGUGUUUUUGACCACGAUGAGAUGACUUCCAACAAUGUAAAGUCACGCUCAUCCUUAAUCUAAUUUUAGUGCUCCCGUCUACUGCACAUGUACAGACGUGUCAAGUCAGGUCACUUUUUAUUUCAGGAAGAACAAAUCGUUCUCAAGAACAGUUUUCUAACCUUGUUAAGACAGAUUUAAGGACGGCAGGAACAACGACGAAAAAGAAACACUGCACUUAAUCUUUAUAGCAGUUUUCAUCUUUUAGUUCCUGCUACAACAUGUUUCACCGCCCACAUCUAUCAGGGACCUGACAUUUUCCUUUCUAACACAUUAGUGUGAAACUCUGAAGAAGUAGAACAGAAGAGUUCCACUGGUUCUAGAAACCUCCCUGUGUUAUUGGAAAAUAAGACUUUUAGUCAAUUAAUUUUAGAGAUAAAUUUACUAUGGAAGAUGAUGGAGUCUUAAUCAUUCUCUGGGCUUUCAAUGUCAUUUCUAUAAUGUUGUGUGUACUUGUGUUGAUGUCCAGUAGGAGACACACAAAUUUCACUAUUGGUUAAUAUCUGAAACUAUUGAGCAAAAUGUAUAUGUAGUUCUGUUAGUUUUUCCAGUGUGGUUUUAAACUAAAAAUAAGACUUUGGGCUCAUUUCAGAAAGUCUUGGUCCAACAUUGUAAAACAAAUUCAUUUUCUUACAUACAGUCUAUGGUAUUAGGCUAAAAGUCUAGUUCUACGUGUUAAACUCACCCAGAGUGACAUGGUUUGACCUCAGUCUGUGUAAUGAACCCCAGCUGUUCUCAGUAUUAUUGUCCUGGUUUAUUAAAACAUGUUCUUAUUGGCACUGGCUCAUCAUAGAGGCAACAUAAAGUGAAGUGAUGCCUUUUCUGUCCUGACAUAAUUUCAUUCACAAUUCAACUCACGUCACAGUUGUUCACUUCACCUCUUAAAUUCAGACCUUUUGUCAAAAACCAACCACGGCCGUGGACAUUUCUCACUCCCUGCACAAAUACUGCAGCGACAAUCUGAUGUGUGUGUUCCCACCCAGCAGGCCUGUCAUUGGCUGUCCCUCUUUCAUUUUAAUGACGUCACAGCUGUGCAGGUUGUUGAGACUUUUGACACCACCAGUGGGGUUUCUAGGUGGAGGUGAGGAUGUGUUUCAGGUUCAUAAAUGAGGCCCCGACUCCUGCUGCUGCUGCUGCUGCUGCUGCCGCCCGUGCUGCUGCUUUACUUUGAGAACAGAGGCUGUUGAAGAUGAAGAGAGUCUUUUCUGAUGACACUAGUGACAUCAUAACACAACACACAUUCUCCCCAAACAAAUACUGCCUUUGUUUUGGGUCAUUGUGAUGUGUAUUAAAAAAAAAACUUUUGAAUUGUACAGAUGUCAGGAAAAUACGAUGAUUUUCAUUGUGCCAGUUGCGUCGUUUGUUGCGUUGAUAAGAGACCAGUUGUAGUUGUAAUUUAUUGUUGAGUAAAUUGACAUCCCCACCCGCCCCCACCCAGUAAAGAUGGAGGAGAACCAGCCAUGGUUAAAGUCUAACACCAGUCACUCUUUAUUCACACUACAAUCACAAACUCACACCUUUAACUACCGUUAGCUGAACACCUGGAACCAAACAUUGGAAUUGUGGGAAAAUUCUUACGCACUAACAUCAAAAGGAAAAAUACAUUUUGAUAUUUCAUACGGAACGGAAACCUUCUGUCAACCAGUUUGUAUUCCUUCGAUGACUCAAAUAGAACUGUGUGUUUAGUUCAACUGGAAAAUAUAAAAUGAAAACUUGUAAACAGCCCAUGUUUCUGGUGACAUGACUAUUAUUUAAUGUGUUCUAGUCCAGUUCGCUAAUAUGUAUAACUUAAAGUAACUGUAAUGCCAGGAACGUUGUUUUAUUUUUUUGUUGUUUUUUCUUUUUUUAAUAAACUAUUCAGCCCUGGCUCAGUGACCAGUGUUUGUACAUUCUUAACAUUUGUGGAAGCUUCUGACAAAAACAAAAUAUAAAAUUCCUUGAGUUUUACCUGCAGAAGCAUUUUUGCAUUUCCCUGAAAAAAAGGAUCACAAUGUUUUUGUUGUUGUUACCUUCUUCCAGCUCCAAAAAUGUUUUUUUUUUCUUUAUAAAACAAAUUGCUAAUUCCUUUCUGAAUUUAAUAAUAUUUUUGCUCUUCUGUUUCUUUGUCAUUAACAAGACAUUUUCCACGAAGGUCCCCACAUCAAAUGAAUACAAUUAUUGUAGAAAUUCCAAAAUAUUGAAAUGAUCAAAUCUUACAGGAUUUUAAAGUAUGUUGUUAAUUAAAGAAAACAUAAUUGAAAUGAAGAAAUACUAUUAUUUAGUUAAAAACAUCUUAGUGAUUCAUAGAAACGUGUUUGUUUUUGUUUUUUUCAGGUGAAAGUAACAGAAUUCUGCGUUUAUCCGUUUUAUCAAGUCUGCAAUAACUUCCGUGUCCUAAAAAAAAUUCAUUGCAAUGAAACAACUGCAGAGUCACACUGUCCACAGAUGACACACAGAUUUGUCUUUGUUUAUUUUUAAGCACCGUUUUUUUGUUUGUUUGUUUUUUGUCUAUGCAUCGUCUUUUUGUUUCCUCUGCAGAAAUGUGUCUUACUGUACAUUUGAACAGUCUGGGCUGCUCUGCUGCAGCCUUUGUUGUGUGUGUGUGUGUUUGAGUGUGCGUAUGUGUGUCAUAUGGUCCACAUGUUGUUUUUACUGUGAUGAGCUGAUGUUGCCUGAUUCAUUUUUUAGUAUUUUUAUUUUCUUAUUAGUGGACAUCUGAUGAGUUGCUUUUGUUUUGUUUUCUGUUUUUGUUUUUUUGCUGCUGGCCAUGUCUUGACCUAAUGCUUCCAAAUCCUAUACAAACUGAACCAUUAAAGAACUUUAAAUGGUGAAA